AUGGCAUCUCAUCCAACUAUCCCCGGAACCGACAUCUACGGCCCUAGAACCUUCACCGACAAGGAAGUUUUCCCGGUUCCGGUCGACGCCCGACCUGCGUUCGAGUAUCUGGCCUCGAGCACCCCUGGCUUCACCCAGGACCGCCCCGCAUGGGAUACAGUCAGCUUCACCGGGGGCUCUGAACCUACGAUCCCCGGUCCGAUCAAGGCCUCCGUGGUUGCUGUUGCUCUGCACGCGAUGUGCGGUCUGGCAGCCAACGAACUGCUCGAGCUGCGCGACGAAAGACCCGUCCGCGAGAGCGCGGUGGCGGUCGACACGGACCAUGCCGGCUUGUGUCUCGGCUCGACGUUCACCACCUACAUCAACGGAGAGGAUGUUUCCACGCUGGAUGGGUCGAAUGCGCUGACUUCACUCUUCGAUCGGGACUUCGAGCAAGGUUUUAGGAAAGGGUUGGCUGGCCGAGCGACAGCGAUCAACUAG